UGGACUCCCGGGGUAGAUGAACCUCCUGGCAGCUGCGGGCCUGGACCCCCGCCCUCCAGACAUGGCCCCAGGCCACCUCGAUCCCUAGCCUUUCAGGGGUGCGGGCAGCCUAAGCGCCACCACCCCGGGGUCUGUGCCAUGCCCCUGACCCGGGCACAGCCCGCUGCGGGCGCAGAGGAAACGGUGGCCCCGACUGUGGACCUGGUGCUGGGCGCCUCCGCCUGCUGCCUGGCCUGUGUCUUCACCAACCCCCUGGAGGUGGUGAAGACACGGCUGCAGCUGCAAGGGGAGCUGCAGGCCCCGGGCACCUACCCGCAGCCCUACCGGGGCUUUGUGGCCUCAGUGGCCGCCGUGGCCAGAGCAGAUGGGCUGUGUGGCUUGCAGAAGGGGCUGGCCGCCAGCCUCCUCUACCAGGGCCUCAUGAACAGCGUCCGCUUCUACUGCUACGGCCUGGCCUGCCAGGCUGGCCUCACCCAGCAGCCAGGUGGCACCGUGGUGGCAGGUGCUGUGGCUGGGGCGCUGGGAGCCUUCGUGGGGAGCCCCGCUUAUCUGAUCAAAACGCAGCUGCAGGCCCAGACGGUGGCCGAGAUGGCCGUGGGGCACCAGCACCAUCACCAGAGCGUCCUGGGCGCCAUGGAGACCAUCUGGCGGCAGCAGGGCCUGGCAGGUCUGUGGCGGGGUGUGGGUGGGGCUGUGCCCCGAGUCAUGGUUGGCUCAGCUGCCCAGCUGGCCACCUUCGCCUCUGCCAAGGCCUGGGUGCAGGAGCGACAGUGGCUCCCAGAAGACAGCUGGCUGGUGGCUCUGGCCGGAGGCAUGAUCAGCAGCGUAGCUGUGGUCGCGGUCAUGACCCCCUUCGAUGUGGUCAGCACACGGCUCUAUAAUCAGCCCGUGGACGGGGCUGGCAGGGGCCAGCUGUAUGCGGGCCUCGCUGACUGCCUGGUGAAGAUCUGGAGACAGGAGGGCCCCCUGGCGCUCUACAAGGGCCUGGGCCCCGCCUACCUGCGCCUGGGCCCCCACACCAUCCUCAGCAUGCUCUUCUGGGAUGAGCUCCGGAAGCUGGCCAGAUAGGGCCGGAGCCGGGCACCUAGGCGGCGUCGCUCAGCCCCACAUCCUGAUGCAGGCUCCACUGACACCUUUGCCCGGUGA